UCUGUCCCUUGCUAUGUCCAACUAUCUCGAGGUGACAUCAGAGGAAGAAGUGGAUCAGGUCUGCUGGGGUUUCCUUUCAAGCCAGCUCUAACUCAUUGGUCUACUUGCUGGGCGGCGUGGCCUUUCCCUACCCUCCACUCACUGUAUACGAGUCAGUACCUGCUGGGUCACGAACAUUCUCGUUAGUCCAACAGUCCGACAAAAUGGGUACGACCAGAUACUCAUCUCGGGUCUGCCUAACCUGUAAGUCCGGUAAAAGAAAAUGCGACAAAGUGCUACCGGUGUGUUCGCGAUGCGCGAGGCUCCAGUUGACAUGUGUAUAUGAGGGCGCCGAUGAUAUACAGUCUCAUGCAGCACCCUCGCUCCAUCAAGCACUUUUCAAGUCUAAGUCAUCGAACGCCUGGCUGCGCAGCGCUUACACUGCAAUGCAAAAAGACCGAAGCUUGUAUCUGAAGAAUGCAAACACAUACUUUGGUACAGUUCACAAGUGGCUCCCUCUCAUGAAUAAAGAAUCCUUUAAAGCGCGCUGGGAAGAACCUUCCUUUGAGCCAACCACCGAGGACUGUCUCCUGCUCUUGAGCAUGUGCUUAAUAAUUCAGCGCCCAGAUGAACAGCAAAGCCCAUCCAUGAUGGAAACAGAGCAGUACCACGCAGUGAAGCACUUAUUCCAGCAUGCAUUCACAGACAGUAUCAGUAGUCCAUUGGUAGCCGUACUUCAAGCAGGCGUACUUCUGGCGACUUACGAGUAUGGCCAUGGCAUGGUGCAUGCCGCCCAUAGCACGGUCUACUCAUGCAUCUCUGCCGCUAUCACAUUGGGCCUUCACCAAUCGAAGGCCUGCUCGUGCUCCAGGUUUAGUGCCGGCUGGAAAGACCAGGGUGAGGGCGCCUAUGUCUGGUGGGCCCUUGUAAUUAGCGAGAGAAUAUUUUGUCUGUGGCGCCCAGACGAGGGUCGACUGCCCAUCACACGUGUUGUAAAUGAAAUAGAUCUCUUGCAUGACCUGGACAUACCAGAAAGCUUCGCCGACUCGAAUAAUAUUCCAGCAGGGGAUAGGUCGCCCGAGGCGAACUUCUACCGUCAGGUCCAGUCUUCUAUUUUAAUUGGACAUAUACUGGAACAAAUCAAUUCUCCGGACCCUGAUCAGGACGAAAGCAAAUCCGCGUUCCGAAUCCUCGAUUCGCGGUUACGCCGCGCUAUUGAGAUCAACCUGGGCGCAGAAGCAAAUCAUCUGGGCUCUGCUAGUGAAGCUCUUGCCAUGAACAGAAGUUCUUUAAUCGUCUUACAUCAAUGGCAAUAUGACCGAGUCUCAAAGUCCAAUCAUCGCCUCGACAGUAUGCAACAGUCACGCAUGGUUUUGGAAUCAAUGACUACCAUUAUGGUGGAUACUGUUCAUGAAUUUCUCCCACGUAUUUAUGCUGGCUGGCCCAAGUCACAUCAUCCACAGGGCACUCAAUCUGUGUUUCAGGCUGCGAAUGUCUUACUUUCAUUGUUGCAUACCACGACGGAUAGAAGCGCGUUGGAUGCACUGAAAGAAAUGCUGACGCUUCAGUCGUGCAGAUGGAGAAUUGCAAGUAGGUAUAGCCCUCCCCUGUAAGACCAUGCACUUAUUCAUAUCAGGGGGGUACCUUGAAUUCAUAAACGAGCAAGAAUAUUCUUUAGAUCAAAAUACAAUGCGCUCU